AACCAACCUCUACUGGACUCUUGCACUUUAAAGUGAACGGAGACUCUCGAGCGAACAGCACGUCUCACAAUGCAGUCUGUGACGUGGAUGAUUCUUGCAGCGCUGGCGGCGCUCGCUAGCGCUGGUGGAGGAGGAUACGGUGGAUACGGUGGAUACGGUGGAUACGGCGGUUACGGUGGAUAUCCUGUGUUAGGUGGAUAUGGUGGUUUAGGGGGUGGAUACGGCGGUUUGGGUGGAUAUGGUGGUUUAGGGGGACUCGGCGGAUUAGGCGGAUACGGCGGAAUAGGUGGAGUAACCCUUUUAGGUGGAUACGGUGGUGGUUAUGGUGGAUACGGUGGAGGUUAUGGUGGAUACGGUGGCGGAAAGGGUGGUUAUGGUGGUGGAAAAGGUGGUGGCGGAAAGGGUGGUUAUGGUGGCGGAAAAGGAUAUGGCGGAGGUAAGGGAGGCUAUGGUGGCUACAGACACGGUGGAUACGGAGAAGUCGUACCCAUCAUCGUACCACACCACGUGCCCGUGAGUGUGCCCGUACAUUUCCCCGUGUACCACGGAGUGCCCGUACCAACCCCGUACAAUGUGUACAAAGAAGUGCCCGUCGCUGUGGAAGUAAUCAAACACGUCCCCGUCGAAGUGGUAAAGAAAGUAGAAGUGCCCGUUAAAGUGCCCGUGCACGUCUCCCACGACGUUUCCCACGUCACCUCUCACGUCACAUCCCACGACGGUGGCCACGUAGAAUCUAAAGGUAAAGGCAAAGGCAGUAGCUUCACAGGCUACUGAACGUCCCAAUCUAAAGGUAAAGGCAAAGGCAGUAGCUUCACAGGCUACUGAACGGCCCAAAUCAAA